AUGAAGGUUGGGGUUUUCGAGGAUCUGGGAGAAAAACGGGUUUGUCAUUUCACACGCGACACAACAGCGAGAGGAGCACAGCAACUGGAUAGAGCAUUCAGCGCGCUCAAGAACCAGGGAAUAGAUAAUGUGCAGCACUGCUCAGAAAAAAGGCACAGCGAGCAGUCGAGAGAAGAGGAAGUCGCAAUGAAGAGAGGGAAUAAUGGUAAAGAUGGCACUGGAAUCGACUCCGAAGAGGAGGAAGUCGAUUCGAAGCCCGCUGCCCUUGAUAUGGAAUCUUUGGCUGCCGCCACCACAAGAUCUUCUGAAGUCCAACGGGAGGACCGGACCCUCGAGAAUCACCAAGAAAACUUUGUACCCGACGAUGAAAAGAAAGCACAGAAGGCUAGUUCGGCGCCAUUUGGUGAAGGUGUUCCAGCGGCGAAAGCUGGCAUUGGCAACACUGGCGGUACUCCCGCCGCUGUGGCCAAAGGUGCUAGCCUAUCAGAAAAGAAACCCAAAGAUCAAGAACCCGGCGCAUCACCCAUCAUGGCAAGUACUGCAGCAAAAGUUGCAACUGGCGCUACUAGUGACCAGACCGCGUCCCCGAGUUUGCCACCGCCGGAUGCUGUGGUAGCAGCAGAUGAGAAAACCAGAGAAUCAACCAACGUUGCAACAGUUUGGGAUGCACAGGAGUCUAUACUAGUAGAUGCCUCUCAAAGUGUUGCGAUGAACGAAACUGUUGAGCACGAAGACCUUUCAAACAACACCAUCACCAUCAACACCUCAUCGCAACCGGGGGCCUUCAGAGUGCCAGGUAGGUCAUCAAUUCAAUCAUCAGAGUCAUCUCCACCGGAUAGCUCCAUGGUGAGCUCAGAAGAGCUAGUUCAAGCAAUCAGAGACUCUGCUGAUAUUGAAUCCAAUGACGGGCUUAUUGAAGCAGAUCCUGUGGAGAGAGAUAGUGUGCUAUUCCGUCAACUACCCCGAGCAGAGAUGGUUACUCGUAGGCCGCUGGAGCAGCCACGGCCCAAACGAGACCAGCAAUACAUCAGAGUCCUGGGUUUCCUUUUCUUUGCCUUGGCAUGUUUGAUCCUUGGGAUAUUCCUUGGUCAAGUCUUGCAGCACCAGAGGGAAUGUCUUUGGUUCUCAAGUGCCUAUGGCAGAUUCAGUGAAGAUGGCCGAGACUAUCAGGAGGAGAUUCAAAAUGACAUUGACCCUUGCAACCACCAAGGCAGAAUCCAGACUAUCAUCCUUGAUGACUUGGAGCUCUCUGCGUUUCAACCUUCUAUCCCCCCAGAAAUUGCAUUGUUGUCCUCGUUGUCAUACUUUGUCUUGCGUCGAAAUGGAAUCGAUGCUACCCUGAGAGGUUGGGUGCCACCGGAAAUAUACAAGAUGCAGAAUCUCACCUACCUGGGACUCAACCACAAUGAGAUGCUUACAGGACAAAUCCCAAGUGAGCUUGCCAUGUUGACAAGCCUUCAAGAAGUACAGCUAGACAGCUGCUCUCUUUCAGGGAGCCUCCCUACUGAGUUUGGGCUACUGCAAAAUGCCAGAAAAUUUGAGGUCAAUCGAAACAGAGCGAUCAAAGGCACUAUUCCCACUGAGUUUGGUAUGAUGACCAGCAUCCAUGAAAUGAGCCUCAACCAGAAUAAGCUGUCUGGAUCUCUUCCAAGUGAGCUGUUUCAGAUGACAGAGAUCAAGGAGCUUCAGCUGGCAAGAAACAAGUUCACAGGAACCCUUCCAGUUGAGCUUGGUUUGCUGACAAGGCUCGCAGAUUUGAGGGCACAGAAGAACAAGUUGUUUGGUACAGUGCCCAGUGAGCUCGGGCUACUAACAAGGCUCACCAGGCUGAACUUUGGCUACAACAACCUGGAAGGAGAGAUUCCAUCAGAGAUUGGAAGGCUCACUGCCAUCACCCAACUAUAUCUCAGUGCUUCAUCACUCUCUGGCCCUAUUCCAUCCGAGUGUGGAUUGCUGACGAAUGUAACCAGCCUUGUUGUAUUUGACAACAAUCUUUCCUUCAUCACAAGUGAACUUUGGCAGUUGGCAAACAUAAACCAUCUCCGAAUCAAUGGCAAUCAGUUCAAUGGGCAAGUUCCAACAGACGUUGGUCAGAUGAAAGCAAUGGUGGAACCGAAAGCCUUUGAGAACUCAUUCACUGGGGCCCUGCCCAGUGAACUUGCUCUACUGACUGGCAUGACAACAUUGGAGCUCCAUGGUAAUCAGUUUUCUGGUUCGAUCCCAAGUGAGCUGUCGCUGUUGGCAUUGAAUGGUGCCUUGAAUUUUCUGACUCUUGGUGGCAAUGCUCUCUCUGGGGUAGUUCCCGAUGGUUUAUGUGCCCUGGGCCAAUACAACACUUCCAGGAAAGACGCUCAUGGCCUGCAAUUUGACUGUGACGCGCUCCUUUGUGGGUGUGAUUGGUGUAGUUGUAGCUAA